UGAUUUUUCUGGUAUUUUAAAGGAUUCCUUGAAAAGGAAAAAGAAAACGAUACACGUCUUGGACCUGUUGAAUUCCAAGGAUGCCACUAGAUUGAUAAACAAGAUUGAAAAUUUUGUUUUCGCAAUGAAAAGAAAAGUGGUCUUGAUGCUAGACGGGGUGGACGAAAUUAGCCCAGAUUAUACUGAUCUCAUAAUAAGUUUGCUCUUGCAGUGUCAAGAAGCGUUCAAUUUUGCGAAGGUGUUUGUUACUACGAGGCCUCAUAUGGUCGAGGAUUUGAAGGAAAAAUUGCAAGUAGCUUUGUUUACGUUGGAACCCUUCACCGAAGAGAACCAAAUGUAUUUUCUGACGAGAUAUUGGACGCAUCACUUAAACUUAAAAGAAGACACCGAUAAAAGGAAGUGCGAAAAGUACGCCAAGGCUCUCGUGAAUAAAAUGUCACUGACUGACCGGAUUAACGGAAUGGAAGACCACUUCGCUGGCAUACCCCUGCAGCUGAGGAUGAUGGCGGAAAUAUUUCAAGAAAGUAUGGCAUCGGAGCAGGUUCUGGACUGGCAAGGAUUCAAAGAGUACUUACAUGAGGACGAAGAAGAACCCAAGUUGCCGGAGAAAAUGAAUUUAGUGAAAUUAUACGAUUUGUUUAUAGACAAAAAACGAGACAUUUUCAUCGACAAAGAAAAUCCAAAUGGACACACGGCGGCUACUCUGGCGUUGACCGAUCAGUUCGAUGAGUGUCUCGCCUAUCACGGAAAACUCGCCUUGCAAAUUGUCCUCGCUGAAAAAGAAUGCGAACUGUUUUCAUUUUACGAAACCAUCACAGAUAUGGAGAUUAUAGCGUUAAAGAUAGGAAUUGUCCAAAAGUCAAACCACAAAUUUGCCACAAACGAAAUCGAUUAUAUUCACAGGACACUGGCGGAAUAUUUUAUCGCCAAGAGCAUAGUAAGAGAACUUCAAAAUCAAAACCAAAGUGCUGAGUUUCAAAGGUUUGUGAUCGAAGAAGUUUUUGUUGCACAUAGAUAUAAAGUUGUUCUUACUUUCCUCGACAGUUUUUUACAGAAGAUUGUAGAUUCUCUGCCGUCUACAAUUUUCAAGAAUUAUCAGACCGGUUCGUACGAGGUUCGCAGUUGGAUGUACGACGCUGAUUUAAUUCAUCAAUUGGCAGUGAGAGGUUUCGUAGCGAUCCUUCAUCUUCUUUUGAAGUGUGCCAAUUUUACAAUUAUCAGAGAUAAAGAGGUUGAUUUAGAUGAUAUUUACGACACAAAAAUUCGCAGGAAGAUUCGGAACUGUAACAUAUUAAAUUGUUUAGAAUUCCUUUUGAGACGGGGUGGACUUAACAUUAAGGAUUAUCUUGGUAGAACUCCAUUGCAUUUCGCCGCUAGCGAGGGUCGCUUAAAUAUGGUGAAGUUUCUAGUGAAACAAGGGGCGAAUAUUAACAGUAGGAGCAAUUCUUGCGAAACACCGAUUGUCUUAGCUGCUCAGAAUGGUCACAUUGAUGUAACAAAAUAUUUAUUGGGGCAUGCUCUAAGCUUCGAAGAGACCGUAAGCAUCGAAGAUGUUAGAGUAAAAGAUUCCGAUAUGACAACGUUCCUUUUAGAUAUUUUGGGGAAUAACAUGGAGAAUACCAUAGUCCCGUACGUGGCUGCUUGCACGGGCUCUCUAAGGGCCUUGGAAGCUUCGAUAGAACAAGGAAUUGACGUCGAUAGUAAAUCUGAAAACGGCGAGACCUUGAUUUUCGCCGCUACUCGCGGGAGACAAUUACACAUCAUCGAGUACUUGGUAGAGAAAGGCGCGAAUAUCAACAGUAAAAACGAUCGCGGCAGAACAGCACUUCAUUUAGUUUCAGAAAAAGGAUGCGAUGUAUCAACUGCUAAAUUGUUAAUAGAAUUAGGCAUAGAUAUUAACAUAAAGGAUCAUUCCGGAAUUGCAGCACUACACCUAGCGGCUUCUGGUGAAGCCUUGGACACGUUAAAAUUGCUAGUGCAGAGUGGCGCGGACUUAAACAAUAAGGAUUAUUUUGGUGACACCGCCCUGAGUGAAGCCGUCUAUUCGUGUAACUUGUCCUGCGUUCAGUUCCUGGUGGAAAAUGGCGCCGAUGUUUCUUUCACAGACAGAAUUGGUAACUCGGCAAUACAUUUAGCAGCUAGACGGCGACGACUGGAUAUUGUAAAAGUCUUCGUUGAGAAUGGCAUGGAUAUUGGCAUUAGAAAUAAUGACGGACAAACAGUUCUUCAUGCGAUCGCUUGUGACGCUGAUGAGGACAUGAUUCGGUUUCUUGUGGAACGCGGUUUGGACGUGAAUGCCACAGACGAUAGAGGGCGCACGAUGCUACACGUAGCCAUCGAAAGGUUUUCGGUGAACAUAAAUCCUAUCCUCUACAGAGACGUCUCGAAUAUAUUUGAAGAAUAUUCGCUUCAACUUUCAGAUAUUUAUUGGCCACUGUCACAUUUCAAGCUUGUCGUAGAUCAAGGGGCGGAUGUCAAUUUGAAAGACAAAGAGGGACGUACGGUGCUACAUCUAGCCGCAGAGAAGGGCCAGUUACUCACCGUCAAAUUCCUUCUAGAAGCUGGAGCAGACCUCACCGCUAAAGAUAGAAAGGGUCGCACCCCACUGCACUCGGCCGCGAAGAAAGGUUGUCGCUUGGUAAAAUUCUUAGUUGAGCAAGGCGCAGAUAUUGAGAGCAGAGAUAAUAAAGGAAACACGCCAGCCGCGUUGGCCGAGAAGGCGGGGCACGUGCAUCUGCACCAAUAUUUAACGAAAAAUGGAAGACCCUAUGUAAGAAUAUUCCGUACGAUGUGUAUUUAUUUUAAUAUCUUUAUUAUUUUAUUUAUAUUUAUGAUUCGUUUAAUCAUGUUAUUCAUGUUUGACAAAAAGACAUUUAAAGAAAUGGACACAGCCAGGUACGAAAAAAGUGGUGACGCCGGCAACAAGGGCGUAGGAUUCCAAGUCGGCCUCCUGACGAUGUUUCUUCUGAACGCCCUGCAGAGAAUCAGCAACUGGAGGCUUUCUACGGAAAAUAAACGAGCGGGAAAGUUCGACGACGUGGUGCUGGAGUGGCCAGAGGGCGCUGUCUUACUGCAGGCUAAGCACAAGAAGAAGAGGAAGAUCACUUUGGAGGAAUUGCUGUCUACUAACUCGAAGAACGACGAUUUCAUGAAAAACCUGGUAAUCUGCACUAACGCGAGUGUCCAAGAGAAGAUCUUGGAAUUUUUGGACAGCCGAAAAAUCUCUUCUGAAAGCAUGUUAUAUUGUGAGGAUGAGGAUUAUUCGUUUUAUAAGUUUAAUAUGGAGAUUCUGCCUCGUUUAAAGGAAAACGUUGAAAUAUAUUUGGAGAAAAAUUACCAGAACAGAAAUAUUGACCAAACGGUAAUCAAUGAGGAAAAUCUAAAGGACUUUUUGGAGCGCUUGCAGGUUUAUGCCGGUUAUCCAUCCGAGAACGCUUUGGAAAAAGUUAUCCAACAAUUAUUGUCCUACUUGAAAAGGUCUAACGACUUGUACAAGAAAAUUUCUUAUUUCGAAAUACGCGCCAAGGUAACGGAUUGGUUCCAACACAAAGACGGAAUAUAUUUGACAGAGGCCCGCGCAAAGGCGAUGUUUUCUGAAUUAAGGACGGCCAAAUACUGGCUAAAACUAGAGCAAUACAGGGUGGUCUUUCGACAUAACGACUUGCAAUUUCCGGAUUCCAAAAGAAUUUAUCACGUCGUAGCUAAAGACGGAUAUUUGCUGCAGAUGAUAAAGGUAUAUCAUGCGCUGAAGAACGAUACAUCGAAAAUCCUGUGCGUCGAUCCUGAUGACGGCAUUGAAGUUCAGAAGCAAGUCGUAGAGUCAUUCCAAUUGUCCCAGUACAACUUUCUAGUUAUAGUUUGGCCUAAAAAUAUGGAAGAAGCUGCAAUGACCGAAAUAAGUGAUAAAAUAACUGCCAUUUUAAAAGCUCGUCAGUACAAAAAAGUAAUUUUAGUAACUGAAUCCGAUGAUAAGUUGGAUCAGCUCUUUGGAUUAGGUCAGAGCGAUUGUGAGGUUAUUUUUGGUUCUGGGGCAUUCGACGACUUGUCAGAAGAAACUCGGGAAAGCUUAUUAAGCAAGAGAAAUAUCGUUUUCCAAGGGACGGACCUCAGUUUAGGAGAACUAAUCCCAAUGGGGGAGACCGAAGAUUUUCAGAAAGCUGCUAAUUUAAUUUUACAAAGACUGAUGGUCAAUGAGAAAGUUACCGUUGGGACACCUCUCAUCGGUUUAGAUGAAAGCAUUACCACCCUUUAUAUAAACCGCACAUUUAAGAGGAACAUCGAGAACAUGGAGGACCAAGAAGCAAACGUCUUUUAUUCAGAGGGCAAUAUUUUUGACGUAAAUCCAAAUAUUAUUCUAAUCGCAGAUACAGCCGGUAUGGGAAAGACUACGGUCCUUACCAAUUUGGCAGCUAUUAUUAAAGACAGACACCCCCUUUUGUGGGUCAUAAAAAUAGAGUUGAAUGAUUUUUCUAGAAUUUUAAGGGAUUCCUUGAAAAAUAAUAGGAAAACGAUAAACGUCUUGGCCCUGUUAAAUUCCAAGGACGCCACUAGAUUGACAAACGAGUUUGACAAUUUUGUUUUCGCAAUGAGAAGAAAUGUGGUUUUGAUGUUAGACGCUGUGGACGAAAUUAGCCCCGACUAUACUGAUCUCAUAAUGAGUUUGCUCUUGCAGUGUCAAGAAGCGUUAAAUUUUGCGAAGGUGUUCGUUACUACGAGACCCCAUAUGGUUAAGGAUUUGAGGUCAAAAUUGCAGGUAGCUUCGUUUACUUUGGAACCAUUCACCGAAGAGAACCAAAUGUAUUUUCUGACGAGAUAUUGGACGCACCACUUAAAUUUAAAAGAAGAUGCCGACAAAAGAAAGUGCGAAAAGUACGCUAAGGCUCUCGUGAAUAAAAUGUCACUGACUGACAGGAAUAACGGAAUAGAAGACCACUUUGCUGGCAUACCCCUGCAACUCAGGAUGAUGGCAGAGAUAUUUCAAGAAAGUAUGACGUCGAACGAGGUUCUGGACUGGCAAGGAUGCAAAGAGUACUUACACGAAGGCGAAGAAGAACCCAAGUUGCCGGAGAAAAUGAAUUUAGUGAAAUUAUACGACAUGUUUAUCGACAAGAAACGAGACAUUUUCAUCGACAAAGAAAAUCCAAAUGGACACACCGCGGCUACUCUGGCGUUAACUGAUCAAUUCUGUGAGUGUCUCGCCUACCAUCGAAAACUCGGUUUGCAAAUUGUCCUCCACGAAAGAAAACGCGAACUGUUUUCCUGUUACGAAACUAUCAAAGAUAUGGAAAUUAUGGCGCUGAAGAUAGGAAUCGUCCAAAAGUUAAACCACACAUUCAAUUUUAUCAUUUGCGAUAAUGAAUUCGCUUACAUCAACGAAAUCAAUUUUAUUCACAGGACACUGGCCGAAUAUUUUGUCGCCGAUAGCAUUGUGAGAGAACUUCAAAGUCAAAACCAAAGUGGCGAGUUUCAAAAGUUUUUAAUCGAAGAAGUUUUUUAUGGACUUCGGUAUCAGGUUGUUCUUAUUUUCCUCGAUAACUUUCUACAGAAGGUUGUAGAUUCUCUGCCGUCUACUGUUUUCCGGAAUUAUCAGACUGUUCGUAUAUUCAAUCACUCGUACAAUGUUGAUUUAAUUCAUCACUUGGCAAAAAAAGGCUGCGUAGCGGUCCUUCGCCUUGUUUUAAAAUGUACCAAUUUUACAAUCAUCAGAAAUAAAGAAGUCGAUUUAAAGCGUAUUUACAACAGCGAGAUCCGGAACCGUAACACAUUAAACUGCUUAGAAUUCCUUUUGAGACGGGGCGGACUUAACAUUAAGGAUAACCUUGGUAGAACUCCGUUGCAUUUCGCCGCUAGUGAGGGUCGCUUAAAGAUGGUGCGGUUCCUAGUGGAACAAGGAGCGAAUAUUAACAGUAAGAGCGACUCGUGCGGCACACCGAUUGUCGUAGCUGCUCAGUACGGUCAUGUUUAUGUAACAAGGUAUUUAUUGGAGCACGCUCUAGGCCUUGCACCGACUGCAGGCAUCGAAGAUGUCAGAGUAAAAGAUUCCGAUGUGACAACGUUGCUUUUAGAAGGUAUUUUGGGGGAUAACAUAGAGAAUACCAUAGUCCAGUAUGUUGCUGGUUUCACGGGCUAUCGUAGCGCCUUGGAAGCUUGCAUAGAACGAGGAACUGACGUCGACGGUAAAUUUGAAAACGGCGAGACGUUGAUUUUCGCCGCUGCUCGCGGUGGACAAUUACACAUCAUCGAGUACUUAGUACAGAAAGGCGCCAAUGUCAACAAUAAAGACAAUCGCGGCAGAACAGCGCUUCAUUUAGUUUCAGAAAAGGCAUCUGAUGUAUCAACUGCUAAAUUGUUAAUAGAACUAGGGAUAGAUAUUCACAUGAAGGAUACUUUCGGAAAUACAGCGCUACACCUAGCGGCUUCCGGUGAUGCCUUGGACAUGGUAAAAUUGCUAGUGCAGAGUGGGGCGGACGUAAACAGUAAGGACGAUUUUGGUGACACUGCCCUGAGUGCAGCUGCUUGUUGGAGUAGCUUGUCCUGCGUUCAGUACCUCGUGGUAAACGGCGCGGAUGUUAAUACCAGAGAUGAAUAUGGUAACACGACAGUACAUUUAGCAGCUGCACAGCAGCGACUGGAGAUUGUAAAAUUCUUCGUUGAAAAUGGCGUGGAUAUUCGCGAUCGAAAUAGACGUGGAGAAACGGCUUUACAUGCGGCCGCUUCUACAACUGAUGAGGAUACAAUUCGGUUCCUUGUGGAACGUGGAUUGGACGUGAACACCACAGACGACAGAGGACGAACGUCGCUGCACGAAGCCAUCGAAACGUUUUUGUCUAACCUGGACCGUACCAUCAGUAUAGAUCUCCCGACUGCAUGUGAGGAGCUUCAAUGGGCAUUGUCACUUUUCAAGUUUAUCGUAGAUCAAGGCGGGGAUGUCAAUAUCGAGGACAAAGAGGGACGUACGGUGCUACAUCUAGCCGCAGAGAAGGGCCAGUUGCUCACCGUCAAAUUCCUUAUAGAAUCCGGUGCAGACUUUACUGUUAAAGACAAAAACGGUCAGACCCCUCUGCACUUAGCCGCGAAGGAAGGUCGUCGUUUGGCGAGUUUCUUAAUUGAGCAAGGCGCAGAUAUCGAAAGCAGAGACGUUAAAGGAAACACUCCAGCUGCUUUGGCCAAGAAGGCAGGUCAUGUGCAUCUACUCCGACAUUUGAAGACGAAAGACGGAAGACCAGCUUUUAUAAGACUAUUGGAUACGUGUUGUUUACAGUAG